AUGGCGGCGUUGAUCUGCGCGUCGCGACUAGUGGAGGUGGAGUGGUGCGCGAGGAAGUGGGCUGGACGAGAGGUGGCGGCGAUGGAAGCUGGUCAGCGACGUGCGGCAAUGGAUGAGAAAGGGAGAACUGGUGGUGGCGGGCGCGAGAGGAGAUGGAGGAAGAGUGGUGGUGGCAUCUCUGUUCGACAGUUGACUGGGUCACUCACAACUACUGAGGGUCUCCGUUUUGGCAUUGUGGCGGCUCGCUUCAAUGAAAUUGUCACAAAGCCAUUGUUGGAGGGACCUUUGGACACUUUCAAAAAGUACUCGGUGAAAGAAGAAGAUAUCGAUGUUGUGUGGGUUCCGGGUAGUUUUGAAAUUGGUCUGGUCGUAGAGAAACUUGGGAAGUCAAGAAAGUACCAAGCCAUCUUAUGUAUUGGAGCUGUGAUUAGAGGCGAUACUUCCUAUUAUGAUGCUGUGGCUAAUUCAGCUGCAUCCGGAGUACUGUCUGCAGGCCUUAAUUCUGGUUAUGUUCCAUGCAUAUUUGGUGUUUUGACCUGUGAUGACAUGGAGCAGGCUCUCAAUCGAGCUGGUGGCAAGUCCAGAAAUAAAGGUGCUGAAGCAGCGCUGACAGCUAUUGAAAUGGCUUCUUUGUUUGAACACCAUCUGAAAUUUUAGGAAGCAGGCGCUGUCGACCAACAUUAGAGCUUUGUACUGUUGUAAUUCCUCUCUUCUGAACUCUUCUCAGCAGGCAGAAU